AUGGGUAUUUCUUGCUCAUCUUAGAAAUCUGCUAGAUACUAAAAAUCUAAAUAAACUUAGCAAGUGCAAAUUACUAACAAAGGUAAAUGCCUUCAAAAAGUAAAAGGGUCUAAAUAAAAAGACUUAUUUAUAGCAGAUGAUCUAUGUGUAAAAUUAAGCAGAUUGGACUAGCUACAUCAAUCUCCAAACAAACUUAAAAAAAACUCUUCGAUUUCAUCGUUAUUUGAUAAAUAACAGUAAUUUUUAGAGUGGAAAUUAGAAUGUGACAUAGCCUUUAUUAUCGAUUUGACUAUGAAAGAAAAUAAAAAAAGACUACGAUUACUUAAGGAAUUAUUAUCGGAAAAGGAAAGACACUAAUAAAGAUUUGGUAUUGUCUAUUUUGGGCAUAAUAAAACCUAAUUCGACUUGAUAGAUGAUUGUAUUGAAACAACAUAUGACUUAUAAAGAUAGCUAUAAACAUUAAAAUUAGAUGAGUGGAUAAAUAUAAUUAAGUCCCUAAGAAAUUAAAUAGUUACAUCAAAGGACAGGCAGUUAUCUUAGAUAUACAUACUAAGUGAAUAAAAUUAGGAAAACAUUGAUUAAUCAAUAUUGGAUAUAGUAGAUAACCUUUUAGAAGACACUUGCUCAAGAAAUUCUUUGUCUUUUUAGUGUCAUAGCUUUAAGAUUGAGGAGUAGGAUGAUAUAUAAUAUAUGGACAUAUCAUUUUAAUGA